AUGAGUACUCUAUCCUCCGAGCUUAAGGAUCUAGAGGAGUUGACGUCAAAUGCGAAGCAAAUACAAGAUGAUGUGUUGGAGGAGAUACUCAAAGUCAACGCCAAUACAGAGUACCUCCGACGUUUUCUCCAUGGGAGCUUUGAUAAAGAGCUCUUCCAAAAGAACGUACCAGUGGUGAGCUAUGAGGACGUUAAGCCUUAUCUCGAACGUGUUGCUAAUGGAGAACCUUCAAAUGUCAUUUCUGGCGAACCAAUUACUAACUUCUUGCUAAGCUCUGGAACUACUGGAGGAACACAAAAAAUCUUCCCAGUGAACAACAAGUUCUUUGAGAAAGUAGUAUUCAUCGAUGCCCUACGCGCCUCCAUUAUAUCCAAGCAUAUCAAUGGUGUCAAGCAAGGAAAGGUGAUGAUGUUUAUUUCCACUAGGCCAUCAUCCUCAACUCGCUCUGGUUUGCCCGUUGAUCCGCUGAUGACGAGUUUCGUAAGGAGCAGUUAUUUCAAGAACUGGUCUUCAAAACGGUUUACUAGUCCCGACGAAGUCAUAUUAUGUGUAGACAACAAGCAGAGUAUGUAUUGUCAUCUUCUAUGUGGUCUUGUCCAGAGAGAAGAGGUUGUGAGUAUGGCUGCUACUUUUGCUUCUUCCUUAGUCCAAGCAAUCACUUUUCUUGAAACUCACUGGAAAGAGUUGUGUGAUAAUAUCCGAUCUGGUCAUGUUAGCGAGUGGAUCACUGACAUUAGUUGCAAGGAAUCUGUUUCUGCCAUACUUGGAGGAUCCAAUCUUGAAUUGGCAGAUCUAAUUGAGCAAGAAUGCAUCAAGAAGUCAUGGGAAGGUAUCAUCACACGGCUAUGGCCCAACAUCAAAUCAAUUCAAGGCGUAGUCACAGGACAGAUGAGUCAAUACAUCCCAAUAUUGGAGUUCUACUCCAACAAGCUGCCUCUCAUCUCCCCUUAUUAUGCGUCGUCUGAAACAAUUUUUGGAGUAAAUGUGAAUCCUCUAUGCAAACCACAAGAUGUGUCCUACACAUUUAUGCCCAACAUGUCCUACUUUGAAUUCAUUACUAUUGAUGGAGGAAACAAUGGUGAAAUAGUUGAUCUUGUGAACGUCAAGAUAGGUUGCUCAUAUGAGGUCUUGGUCACAAAUCAUUUUGGCUUAUACAGAUAUAGAAUGGGAGAUAUUCUACAGGUGACUGGAUUUUACAACAGUGCUCCUCAAUUCAGAUUUGUACGUAGAAAAAAUGUUGUUUUAAGCGUACAAAUGGAGGCAACAACUGAAGAAGAUCUUCUAAAGGCGUUGAAUCAUGCGUCACUUGUUCUUGAAUCUGCCGGAUUAAUGUUGAUGGGUUUCACAUGCUCUUCUGAUAUCUCUACUCUACCAGGUCAUUAUGUUCUUUACUGGGAGAUUAAAGCCAACAACGCUAAUAGCAUCGUAAAGCUUGAUGACAAAGUAAUGGUGGAAUGUUGUUGUGUAGUGGAAAAAUCACUUGACAUUCUUUACAGAAGCUUCAGGAGUAAAUAUGGUUCCAUCGGAGCUCUAGAGGUAAGGGUGGUGCAACAAGGAACAUUCGAUUCUCUCAUGGAAUAUUGCAUCUCCAAGGGUGCUUCUGCAUCUCAGUACAAGACACCUAUAUGCAUAAACUCUCCUGAAGUUUUAGCAAUUCUUGAUGACAAAGUUCAUGCUCGGUUUUUCAGCGAUAGACUUCCUCCUCUCUGA